GAAAAGGUGGACAAGUUCUAAUUUCAAGAGAAGAUGACUUUUAACAGUUUUGAAGGCUCUAAAACUUUUGCACCUGCAGACAUCAAUAACGAUGAAGACUUUGUAGAAGAGUUCAAUAGAUUAAAAACUUUUGCUAAUUUUCCAAGUAGUAGUCCUGUUUCAGCAUCAACUCUAGCGCGAGCUGGUUUUCUGUACAUUGGUGAAGGAGACACCGUGCGGUGCUUUAGUUGUCAUGCAGCAGUAGAUAGGUGGCAAUAUGGAGACUCAGCGGUUGGAAGACACAGGAAAGCAUCCCCAAAUUGCAGAUUUAUCAAUGGCUUUUAUUUUGAAAAUAAUGCUGCACAACCUACAAAUCCAGGUGUCCAAAAUGAUCAGUACAAAGUUGAAAACCAUCCAGGAAACAGAAAUCAUUUUGUUUUGGACAGGCCAUCUGAGACUCAUGCAGACUAUCUUUUGAGAACUGGACAAGUUGUAGAUAUAUCAGAUGCCAUAUACCCAGGGAACCCUGAAAUGUGUAGUGAAGAAGCUAGAUUAAAGUCAUUUCAAAACUGGCCAGACUAUGCCCACUUAACCCCAAGAGAGUUAGCUAGUGCUGGACUCUACUAUACGGGUAUAGAUGAUCAAGUACAGUGCUUUUGUUGUGGUGGAAAACUGAAAAAUUGGGAACCUUGUGAUCGUGCAUGGUCAGAACACAAGCGACACUUUCCUAAUUGCUUCUUUGUUUUGGGCCGGAAUGUUAAUACUCGAAGUGAAUCUGAUGUCUUGAGUUCUGAUAGGAAUUUCCCAAAUUCAACAAAUCCUCCAAGAAAUCCAGCCAUGGCAGAUUAUGAAGCACGGAUCAUGACUUUUGGGACAUGGAUAUACUCAGUUAACAAGGAGCAGCUUGCAAGAGCUGGAUUUUAUGCUUUAGGUGAGGGUGAUAAAGUGAAGUGCUUUCAUUGUGGAGGAGGGCUAACUGAUUGGAAGCCCAGUGAAGAUCCUUGGGAGCAACAUGCUAAGUGGUAUCCAGGGUGUAAAUACCUGUUAGAAGAGAAGGGACAUGAAUAUAUAAACAAUAUUCAUUUAACCCAUUCACUUGAGGAGUCUCUGGCAAGAAUUGCUGAAAAAACACCAUCACUAACUCAAAGAAUUGAUGAUACUAUCUUUCAAAAUCCUAUGGUCCAAGAAGCUAUACGAAUGGGGUUCAGUUUCAAGAACAUUAAGAAAAUAAUGGAGGAAAAAAUCCAGACAUCUGGAAGCAACUAUAAAUCACUUGAGUUUCUGGUUGCAGACCUAGUGAGUGCUCAGAAAGACAGUGCACAAGAUGAAUCAAGUCAAACUUCAUUACAGAAAGAGAUUAGUACUGAAGAGCAGCUAAGACUCCUGCAAGAGGAGAAGCUUUGCAAAAUCUGUAUGGAUAGAAAUAUUGGUGUAGUUUUUAUUCCUUGUGGACAUCUGGUCACUUGUAAGCAGUGUGCUGAAGCAGUUGACAAAUGUCCCAUGUGCUACACAGUCAUUACUUUCAAGCAAAAAAUUUUUAUGUCUUAAUCUAACUCCAUAGUAGGCAUGUUAUAUUCUUAGUACUCUGUUUGAAUGUGUGAUAUGAACUUUUAAGUAAUCAGUAUUUAAUUCAAUUAACAUUUGCUACCCAAGUAGAAAACGAAAUGUAAACUGUAAUGUUUUAGUUGGCAGUCUAAAAUUUUAAUUUCUGGAGUUUGCAGGAAAUUAGCUAUAUUGUUUAUCCUUUUUUUUGAACUGAAACCCUAGACUAAGAAGCAUCCUAUUUGUUUAUAAUGUGUAUUUGUAGUUACUGACUGGCUUGUAAGCGUAAGUGAAUUAAUCAGCUGAAGUUUCCAUUCUUUACAGAUAGGCUUAGUAAACAGGGCAUUUUCUAUAAACGUGGAGAUUAGAUUUAAUCUCCCCAAUCACAUAAUUUGUUCUGUGUGAAAAAGAAAUGAACUGUUCCACCCUAGCGGAAAGAUGGAGAUUAUU